AUGGCACCUCAUCUUAACAGCGACCUGCCCCCAACGAACGAGAAGUCCGCCAACACUAUCUCCGUAGCGGACCAUGUCAAAUCAAUCACCCUCGAUCUCCUCACCGAAAUCAACACCGGUACUUUUUCCAAGACCUCUCCAAUGUGGCCAUACAUUUCCGACGACUUCUCAAUUGCUGGUACCACUGCAGGUGUUGCUACAAAGGAAGCCACUCUUCUCCACGUUCAAGAACUCCACCGAAAAAGCCCUGCUUACCAUGUGCAUGUCACAAACGCCAGAGUCGAAGUUAAUCACAAGCUGGCGGUCGCGACGGUAUGGGUGAACCUUAAGUGUGGCGGGCUACCGCAGGGUCUGACGAAGGAUGUUGUUAGUGUGUUUGAUUUCAGGAGAGAUAGGCAGGGAGAGUGGCUUGCUGUGGGUGUGACGAAUAUGCUUGGGCCUGGUGUGGAGGAUGAGGUGUGA